CACCGACAAUAUUGUGCAUGCUCUCGACCGAAGCUCCACCCCGAUGAUGAUCAUGGAGCAGCCAGUGACUGCUCAGGGAGAAGAGAGUUCCUCACAACCACUCUCAAAGAAUGCUCAAAAGAGAGUUGCAAAAGCAGCUCGCCUACAAGAACAAAAGGUUGAACGUCGCGCGCGCGAGAAGGAGGCGAAGAAACGCAAGCGACGAGAGCGUGCGCAAGCAGGCGAUGCGGAGCCACGGAAGCGUCGUAAGAUGGGUGGGCUGGAUCAAACCUCAUUUGCUGCGCAAGUGGUAAUAGACCUGGGUUUCGAUGAUAUGAUGACGGACAAGGAAGUGACCUCUUUGACUUCCCAACUUGCAUAUACAUACAGCGCGAAUCGACGAUCACCUACGCCGUUUACAUCACUAUUAUUUACAUCCCUCAAUGGGCGGACAAAGGCGCGGCUAGAUGCCAUAAAUGAUGCUGGACACAAGCGAUGGACGAACACAGAAUGGUGGGAGGAAGGUUACGAUCGAAUAUGGACAUCCAAAUCCAAUUCUUGUGACGGAGAUGAAGACUUGGAUGGACGUCGCGCGAGCGUGGUUUACCUGACCGCUGACUCCGAGGAUGAGCUCAUGGAACUUAAGGAGGGGGAAAUAUACGUUAUCGGAGGUAUUUGCGAUCACAACCGAUACAAGAAUCUCUGCCUUGACAAAGCCCAAACGUCAUCCAUCCGACACGCACGCCUUCCCAUAGGGCGAUAUAUAGCAUCGUUAACGACGAGGAAGGUGCUCACGGUCAACCAGGUAUUCGAAAUUUUACUGAAGUGGGUUGAAACACGAGACUGGGAACAGGCGUUUUGGAGCGUUAUUCCAAAGAGGAAAUUCCAAGGGAAAACAACCGGUCCAGAUGCAACCCCUGAGGGAGAGCAUGUUGAAGAAGAUGAAGGCCAGGAGGAUGGCGACAGAGUUCAGGAGGUGGCUUCGGGCGAGGAUGGGGAAGAAACUCUCGACCCCAACUUAGUGCUUAUCACGGCAUGAUAGUCUCCACCUGUAUUCCCCGAUCCAUUUUCCAUCACGAGGCGCUUGCUUCUAGUGAGAUAUUUUUUCUUACCCAUCCUUCCAUCGUGUCACUACCGUGCGAUUAAAUUUGACAUGCAUAGCAUGGAUGAUGGAUUGACGUUUG